UGCGUUCGUAGCAACUUGGUGCCGCUGGGCAUCAGCUACGCAUAUCGUUAUUUGUUUUUGUGUGUCUGCAUAUAUGUGAUUUCAAAGACAAGUUUAUUGCAAUUUGGAAUCAUAACAUCCACAACUAAUAUGGCAACCGCAGCGCCUAAUCCAGAGGAAUCGACACGGAGCUCCAGCAGUACCGGCACAGCCAGCGCCCUUACUGGAGACGGAGACUCGGAGGAAGCCGAGGACUUCAGCUCCUCCUCCCACUGCUCGGAACUGUCUCGCCGGCAGAGCGAACAGAGGAAGGUUGGGUUGUUCUGCGACGUGACUCUGGCCUUCAGUAGCGGAGCGGCUACAGGGAGCGUUACGUGCUGCGAGUUCUCUGCUCACCGCUCCGUGUUGGCCGCAGCGACAGAUUACUUCACCCCGCUUCUCAGUGGACAGUUUUCAGAAUCACUGUCUGGACGAGUGGAGAUGAAAGAAUGGAGUUCUGAAAUGGGCCCCGACCCAGAGACUGUAGAAAGCGUUAUACAAUUCAUGUACACCGGGGAAAUCACAGUCAGCACUGCUAAUGUUCAUGAAGUGCUGGAAGUUGCUGACAGGUUCCUCCUGCUUCAGCUAAAGGACUUCUGUGGCGAGUUCCUGAAGAAGAAGCUGAACCUAAGCAAUUGUGUUGCAGUGCACAGCCUGGCCCACAUGUACACGCUGGAUCAGCUGGCCCUGCGUGCGGCCGACAUGAUCCGCCGCAACUUCCACAAGGUCAUCCAGGACGAGGAGUUUUACACCCUGCCCUUCCAUCUGGUGCGGGACUGGCUGUCCGACGCCGAGAUCACCGUGGAUUCAGAGGAGGCCCUUUUCGAAGCUAUUGUAAAAUGGGUGCAGCGCAAUGCUGAAGAGCGAGAGAAGUACUUUGAGGAGCUCUUCCGUCUCCUGCGGCUUCCCCUGAUCAAGCCCACGUAUCUGACUCGAGUGGUCAAGGCUGAACCCCUGGUGGCCAGCAAUGAGGCUUGCCUAAGGCUGGUGUCAGAGGCUGUGGAAGGGCACGCCAUCCGUUUCGAGAACCUUAAGUCAGCUGACCUGGAAAUCUGGACCUCCUACAUGUCAGCGUUCCAGCCGCGCUUUGGCCAGAACAUGGAUGUGAUCAUGGUGGUGGGUGGGGUGUCAGAAGGGGGUGACUACUUAAGCGAGUGUGUGGGUUAUUUUUUGUACGAGGACCGCUGGGUCAACCUGCCACACAUCCACAACCACCUGGAUGGCCAUGCUAUCGCUGCCAUCGAGUCGCACGUCUACGUGGCGGGGUCCAUGGAGCCUGGCUUUGCUAAAACUGUGGAGCGGUACAGCCCCAACCGCAACACCUGGGAGCAAGUGUGCAACCUGACGACACGAAAGCACUCCUUUGGCCUCACCUGCAUCAAAGAUAUCCUCUACAGCAUUGGGGGGCAUGGCAACUUCAGCCCAGGCUUCAAGGAUGUGAGCGUUUAUGAGCCCAAGCAUGACAAGUGGCACAACCUGGAGUCUGCGCCCAAGAUUCUGCGAGACGUGAAGGCGGUGAGCGUUGAGGACCGCUACGUGUAUGUGACGGCGCGCACGCCUGUGGACAUGGACAAUGAGGACGGGCUGAAGACCAUCACCACGCGCUAUGACACAGAAAGCCGGCAGUGGCAGGAGGUGGACUCCCUGCCCCUCAUCGACAACUAUUGUCUCUUCCAGAUGGCGGUAGCUCCCACCAACUUCUACCACACUGCCUCCUGCUGCCCCAAGAGCUACUCGGUGAGGGACGAGGUGGCUCAGCAGAAGAUCAGCGCCCGCAUCUCUGACGAGAUCCUCGAGAGCCUGCCGCCCGAGGUCACCAGCAUCGAGGGCGCCGCCAUCUGCUACUUAGGCGACGACGUCUUCAUCAUUGGCGGCUGGAAGAACAGCGAUGACGUGGACAAGCAGUACCGCAAAGAGGCCUACCGCUACUGCGCUGAGAGGAAGCGCUGGAUGCUGCUGCCGCCCAUGCCCCAGCCUCGCUGCCGCGCCACCGCCUGCCACGUCCGUAUCCCCUACCGCUUCCUGUACGGCUGCCAGCGCUACCCCAUGCCGCAGAACCUGGCACGGCAGCGGGAUCGCAUGCAGCAGAUGCAGCAGCUGCACCGUCGCACACUCACCCUAAGGAGACAACUGCAGUCUCAGAUUGAGUGCUAAAAUUCACCUGCCAUCCUCCCAUUAUAUUGGGGGUGAUAUUGCACAAAAAACCCCACACCACCUCCAUAAGUGGUCAGGAGUAGAAAAAUGUGACAAUGUGAAUGGAAUCAUGUAUAUUGACGAACAUUUUAGUACAGUGUGUCAUGCACAGAUGAUGUUGUGUGUUUGUGAUGAUGUAUAUGUAUACAUUAUAAGCUCUUUCACAUGCUUUACAUGUAAAAGUAGAUGAAAUAAGCCUUAGGCUGUAGGCUGUGGUUAAACUCCUGUUAUAAAGAUCUGCUUAAGGCAGACUCAGAGGACCCAGAGAUUCUAUUGGAUAACAUUCCGUCUCAUCUGUGUGAAAUCUGCUGUGAAGCUACGUUUUAUUUAGUGCACAUGAUUGUUACAGUAAUUAUCGAUAGGACUAUCUGUAGAGUACAUAUCCAGUGGUGUGCUGAUAUCCUGUAUCUGAGCUGCUAUCUAGGCUAUGAAUAGCAUUAUUUUGCUUAAGGUGAAAGCUUGCUGCUGUUCCUUGCAUAGCUGAUAUGACACGGUGGGAGAGGCUGUUUCAGGGAAGCAGCCAUUUUCCUUACAUCUCCUUGCACUUAUUGUAUUGUUGUCUGUUUUAAGGCUUGGAAGUUGAAAAGAUUUUGUCAUUUUUAUCUGCACUACAGAAAGAGGUGGUAUAUAGAAAAUUGUUAAUAAUGGAUGUUUCCAUUCAGUCUUAAUUCUCUCGCACAGGGUCAUAGAGAGACUGCCACUACAUAACUGGCAAGUUUAGAGCCAGCUACAUUCUGUGAAGUCAGUACAUUGACUGUAAUCUCCUAAAUUAUCCUAAACUAUUUUCUCUGACUUUUAUUUGAAAACUGUGCCACACGCAUUCUAUGUCAGUCAGUUUUAAUAUUUUUUGGUACCAAAGCUUGAUGGGUCUUUCUGUUAUUCUCACUGACCUUGAUCUAUCUCCCUGUCUUGUUCCAGCCACACACUCCACAUAUUUUAUUUUAUCAUGACUCUGGCAUAUCAGUGUAUACUUAUAGGUUAAUAUGUGUAAUGUCUUAUGUGUUAAUGGGUGUCCUAAUUCUCAAAAAUAGGUUACUGUGGUUUUAAUGUUUUUAAAAAAAAAUGUAUUAACCAAUGUGAGUCUUUACAAAGUGUACCAUUCCAGUGUGUAGCUAAGCUUACAUGCAUGUGUUAUUGCCUACAACAUGCUGAAGACAUUCCUUGAUCUCUCUUUAAUGAAAAUUAAUUGGGGUUCUCUAUAAGCUUAGUGUAUGAGCUAUGUUCACUUUAGUUCCUGGUGCUCUAUAUCUUUUUUAAGGUGGUUCACUACACAACGGCAUCCUUGCGUUUGUCUUAAAAUGUCUUAAAGGUCACAAAGCUCUAAAAGCAAGUAAUUGCCCCUUUAGCUAUCAAGAUAAACACUGCCAUGGUAUUUCUGAAGACCAAUUCAUGCACCUCACAAUUAUAUUUCUAAUAAACUUGAAAGGCAAGCUAGUUUUGCCAUAUACUCGAUCAGGAGCAAAGGGUUUCUGUCCCAUUUUGGCCAAAUUUCUGAUGCAUGCUUGAUACCUCACAGAUGAGAGCAUAAGUGUAUUACCAAGCAGUCGCCUGUAUUUAUAUAUAUAUAUAUAUAUAUAUAUAUAUAUAUAUAUAUAUAUAAAUGUGUUGUGGGUUGAUCUGCUUUGACCAUGCUGCCUGUCCCUAAAUGAUUUUACAAUAUUAAUUCUUAUUGCAUACUGGCUCCUAAAUGCACAGUGAGCUAGCUUCAGUAAUAGCCAUAUAUGAUUAUAGCAGUGUCACAUGAAACUUCUUUCAGUAAAGCUGAGAAACACUCAGGUACUGUACAUGGUAUACCACGUAAUGUCUGAGCAUUUAUAUAAAGGGAAGAAUAUUUUUCCUUUGAGUUGUUUCUAGGUGAAUUAUUUUCGACAAUACUGGUUUGUCCCCUGCUGUCAGCAGUUACCUUUUGACAUGACACAAUUAUUUUAGUUUUAUUGUACUGUAUUAUGUACAUGCGAUGUGAGCAUAUUCACAUUUCAGGUUUGCCAAGCUGCAAGAAUCCUGUUCUUUCUGCUUAUGCCCCUGUGCUGUAAUGUAAAGUCCAAAGUUUUAUUUUGCUCUGCAUGUGACUUCUUGCAGCACACUGAGGCAUGAUUGCUACCAUUGGCAAUAAAAAAUAUGUUUGUAUAAGUA